GAUUGGCCUAAAAACCAUUCUUACAAAUAGGGUAGCAAAUGCUCUCAUUUCUUCACACAACAACUAAAAAUCUAAACCAUCAACUUCUCCUCAUUUGUAAAGACCAAUCACCAAAAUGGCAUCAUCACAGAACAACUUUCACCCUCCUCAGCCACCAUCACCGGACAACCAUCCAACGGUUAUAGUUAUUGUGUUCAUUUCGGUUGGUUGUGUUGUCUUCUUCGCGUUCUUUGCAGCUGCUCUCUUCUGUUUCCUCAAGAAGAGGACGAAGAAGGCGGUAAAAAAGGAUGAAAUAAUCCAUUUCGACGAGCACAAGAAGGUGACUGAGGCCAUUGUGGAAGGUCGUCAUGGACCUGAAGCUGUGGUAUUGUCAGUUGAGGAUGAUGUUCAUUUUGAGAGGGAGGAGGUGAAGACUGAGAAGGUUGGUGAAAAUUUGAAUGCCAAGUCGGCUCAACCCGAGGCUUCCACAUCAGCACCUUCUUCUUCUUUCUCUAGUGAUUCUCAUCAUGUUCAACUGGGACACAAGGCUUGAUUAGACCAUUGUGCUCAUUUCAAUCUAGAGAAAAAUUUGAUUUGAAUAAAAUAUAAAUGUAUAAUCUUGUGAGAAAGUCACAUAAAAACUAGUUUCAUCUUAUUCUUUCA